AUGCAGCAUGACAAUAAAAUUAGAUUUGGGAGUCAUCAAUGAUAUUUCAAAAAAAUUUUCUUUUUGAACUUAAUUGCAGUUACAUUUUCCUCGGAAUUUUUAAUUGUUGAGUCCAAUUUCUCAAAAAUCGUUGCGUCCAGCUUGAUCGCAGACAUAAAAUCAGGUAUUCUGGCCAGUUCUUCAAUUGGAAUUAUUUCCUAUGAUUAUUCGUUACUAAAAGAAGAAAUUUCAACUCGAACAAAUCUCCUUGCAGUUUUUGAUAUAACAGACAAUUUAAACUCUCAAUUUGAGAUCUCAAAGCUAUGUGAGGAUAAUUUCGUUGCACACUUUUUAGCAUCAAAAAACUUGGUUUACCAUAAUAAAUGAACUUUCUCACUUUCUAGCUCAAAAGAAAGUUUAAACGAAGCUAUUAUUGCUACUUUAAGAUACUUUAAUUGAACUGAUGGUGUGGCAGUCAGCAGCGUUGAGAAUUAUUCAAAUUCUCAAAUUAUACUGAAUAAUUAUUCUAACUCCCCCCCCCCCCCUCCGUGAGUGAACAAAAAAAUUUUAUUCACUCACGGAGGGGGGUUAAUUUUUUUUUUUUUAAAAAAUUUAUAUAUAAAUUUUCUAAAAAAUAUAUUUUUUUUCGAAAGUUAAAAAAAAUUCUAAUUCGCGAAAAUUGGAAGCAAAUAUUAAUUUAAUUUAUAAAAUUUAUGUUUUAAAAAGCAAUUCGUUUAAAAAUUAAACAGAAUUAGCUCUAGAUUUCAUUAUACUAAUUAUCAUUUAUAUAUCUAAAUUUUUUUCAAUAAAAAAUUUUUGUAUUAAAAAAAAAUUUUUGUUCACUCACGGAGAGUGGGUUUUUGGGCAAAAAAUAGCGAUUUUUCUAAUGGUUUUGUUCAAUCACGGAGGGUGGGGAGUAAAAAGAUUAAACUAUUUUCAGCAGGCUCAGAUACUUUUAUUCAAGAUUUUGUUGGAAAAGAAAUUAUGAAAUUAGGCUCUUCUCUGUUUUAUUUGAUGACUGAUAAAAAUACUUCGAUUGAAAUUCAGCAGGCUUUAGUGUCGUCAAAAAUACUGAUCAACGAAACAGGAAUUGUGUUUGUUGGGGAAAGCAGCUACGGAUCAACCUGUAAAGGUGCCUUAGCUAUUGUAGAAAAAGGAAAAGAAGCUGUAGACUCUUAUGAAAAAUAUCUAUCUGCAGCUAUUUCAGAUAUGAUUUUAUUUCUAAAAGACGUUUUAAGCUCAGAAGAUCUUCCAACUGUGAUAUAUAAAAGGUGUCCCAAUUAUCAUUGUGCCAAUGAAUUUUCAAUUAUAAAUAUUCAAGCAAAAAGAAAAAUCAUUGGGGUUAUUAAAAAUGGAAAUUUAACUGUUAGUUCUACUAUAAUUUUUCCAGGUAAUUCGACUGUAAUUCCAGUAUCUCAAAAGAAAAUAUUGUAUAUUAGUGCAAAUGAUGGAACAACUAAUCCAGGGGCACCGCCUAAUCAAUCAAUCCUUGUUUAUAAAAGAGGCUUAACAUUGGGCGUGAAACAUAUUAAUAGCAGCGUUGACAUGUUGCAAAAUUUCCAGCUCAAGCUAAAUGAUUUUGACUGUGGAGUAAGUGUAUAUAAUGCGACUUUUUUCUAUAAUUGCUUAAAUAAGGAUAAAAAUAAGUUGGGGUUAGCACAUAUUUUUGCAAUAGGCACCCCAACUGCUUACGGAGAAAUCGCUACAUUAGCCAAAUUAAAUAUAAUACAUAGGAUUGAAUUUAAAAUCUAUAUUUUUUAUGAUAAAGUUUCAACCAGUCAUUAUAUUUAUUCAAUAUUAUUGAGUUUAUUACAAUACCUUGUGUUGGAGCUCUUAAUGUUGAUCCAGGCCUCUCAAAUUUUACCAAAUAUCCAUUUUAUACACGCGUAAGCUUACCAAGUAGCGUUACAUUUGCACAAAUUCCAUUAAUACUAAAAGCCCUAGGCUGAAACAGCGCCGCAAUACUAUAUCAAAAUGACAGUUUAGGAAUUAACGCAAACACAUAUAUUAGUCAAGCAGCUGAAAAACAAAAUCUCAUUAUAGUAAACGAAUUAAAAACAAUUCCAGCUCUUCUUAAUAGAGAGCAGCUAAGAAAUUAUACUAAUGUUUUUGAAAACAUCAUUGACACCCACGCAAGAAUCGUAAUUUUAGUAUUGAAUCCUCCAUUAAUAGAUUAUACUGCAGAAUUAUUCUAUGACUUAGGUAUGAGAAAAGGCGACAUCAUUUUUUUGUCAACUUAUCCUUCAUGACUUACUACAGUUGCUAACAAAGAUGAUUACACAUAUAAAAGAGUAGAAGUGGCAAUUCCAUUGAUAACGGUUUUUCAGUCACUUUUUGUAGGGGAAGUAGGGAAAAAAGUUCAUGACGAACUGUAUAAAACAUAUGGAAACACUGAGCCUACAUCAUUUUCUUGCCAAUAUUAUGAUGCUGUAUACUUAAUAGCGACUGCCUUGGAUUGAACUAUAGAUCAAGGAAAAGACUACACUGAUCCUUACGUUCUUGAAGCAGCAAUAAGAGAUGUGAAAUUUACAGGGUGCAGCGGAAAAAUUUAUAUACAAAAAAAUAGUAAUGAUGUGCUUUCAACAAAUUUUACAAUACAAUCAAACUCAUAUAACGCUACAGCAGAAACAACAAAAGUUUUUAAUGUUGGUUUUCUAACACCUACAAGCUCACAAGUUUUAACUAUCGCUUCUCCUGUUGUGUAUGCUGAUGGGAGUACAAAUAAACCUACAGAUUUUAGAAUAACGAGGACUAACUGCCCAUUUGAUGAUAAGCUAAAGCAGACUUUUUCAAAAGGGCGAGCUUUGGUUUUUGGAAUAUGCUUUUUUAUUGCUGUUGUAACAGCAAUAAUUACUUUUUUAAUCUGGAAAAAGUGAUGGAAUAUAAAGGUUGAAGAGCUUAUAAAGAGUGAAGAAAUUUCAGUUGAAGACAUGAUUGUUGGAGCCACAAUUGUUGUUGAAUUUUUUCAGUUGCUUUCCCAAGGUCCUGAUAUUAGGCCUUUGAACUCUUUUCUUGCAGAUAUUGGAGAUGCUCUCUCCUUGGACCUAACAAGCUUUAUUAAGCUUGAAAAUGGAGUGUUCUGGAUGUUUGUUACAACAAUAAUUGUUUUAUGUGGACUAUGAUCUAUUUUUUGUAUAGAAAUAUUUUUGCAAUUGGACGAAAAAUUCAAUAAAAUCUGGAUUUUUAGAGUUUUAGGGGUUGCAGCUGACUAUUCUAUGCCAAUUUUAGGUAAUUUAUGUUUCAUUCCGUUUAUAUCAAUCCUAUUAGAAAUUUUUGUAUGUGAUCAUUCUAUUGGGAAUAAUUUCGCAGACAGUUACCUUUCUAUUGAUUGCUAUCAGUUCUGCUGGCAGGGCGAUCAUAUUACUUAUGCAACCUUAUCUACACUCUCGUUGGUCUUUUAUGAGCCUUUUGCAGUGUUUUGCCGGCCCCUUUGGCAGGAGUUCCAGAGUAACUUACAUGUGAAAUCAAUUCCUCUUUAUUUGAUGAUAAAAACUGUCAUUCAAGUGAUGCUUAUAGUUCUAAAUAAAACCCUUAAAAGGUCAAGUGAUAUUGCCCAUGGAUUUAUAUAGCUCCCGAAAUAUUUUAGAUCGUUAUUGAUGAUCAAUUUUAAUUUUCAAAAAUAAUUUUGUACUUGCCAGCUUUUUCGAAAUGUAAAAACAUAAAUGAAAAAUCUCUCUUUAUGAUUUUAAGAUGUAUAAUGCCGGUCUCUGGACCAUAUUUUCUGGUCGGUAUUCUGCUGGGGUAUAGCGAUCUAUUAUAAUGCAUAAAGUAUAUUUACAUUUAUAAUAUUGUUUUAUUUAGCAUUUGUUUGAAGAUUCAAAGCUUAUAACUAUGGAAGAUUUAACUGAUGGCUUAAACUGAGUCUCAUAGGAGUCUCAUGGGUAUCUUGUUUAUCAACAAUAAUUUUCUUAGUUGAAGAAUCGAGUUUUCCAUGAGUUUCUCUAAUCAUAGCUGGAUGAGCAAUUUUAAUUUUAAUAGGCUUUGCUGUCCAAAAAAAGAAAUAUCCAAGUUUAUUAUUUACUCCCCCCCCCCCCUCUGUGAGCGAACAAAACCAUUAGAAAAAUCGCCAUUUUUUGACCAAAAACCCACCCUCCGUGAGUGAACAAAAAAAUUUUUUAAUAGAAAAAAUUUUAAUGGAAAAAAUUUUGAUAUAUAAGUGAUAAUUAGUAUAAUGAAAUCUAGAGCUAAUUCUGUUUAAUUUUAAACAAAUUGCGUUUUAAAACAUAAAUUUUGCAAAUUAAAUUAAUAUUUUGCUUCCCAAUUUUUGCAAAUUAGGAUUUUUUUUAAAUUUCGAAAAAAAAUAUUUUUUAUAAAAUUAUAUAUAUAAAUUUUUUUUAAAAAAAAAAAAUUAACCCCCCUCCGUGAGCGAACAAAAAUUUUUUGUUCGCUCACGGAGGGGGGGGGGGGGAGUUAGAAAAAAAGGUAAAGACACAUCAACUUUAUUCAAAUUCGCGUUUACCUUUGGUAAGCAUUCGAAAGUGCCCACUUCAAAAAUCGAGCCUCAAAAAUUAGACUUAAGUUCUUUCAAAUAA